GUCACUGACAGGACAGUCCACUUCGCUUCUCCGCCUGCGCGCUGCUUCUCCCUUCCAUGGCCUCCGCCGCUGCCACCACGGCGGUUCCUUCGGGCCCUGUCCCGUUCAAGGACGUCGACGACGGCACGGUCCCGGAGCACACCCCCAAGGAGGAGUUCGGCGACCUCGUGGCCGCGCUGCCGCGCCGGCAGCAGUCCAUCCUGGAGCUGCGCCUGUACCAGGGCUUCUGGCUGCCGGAGCACUGGGUGCCGGGCACCGUCGUGUUCCAGCGCCGCUUCGCCCCGCGCCCCGACGACGUGGUCCUCGCCAGCUACCCCAAGUGCGGCACCACGUGGCUCAAGGCGCUGGCGUUCGCCGCCGCGGCGCGGGCCGCGCACCCGCCCGCAGCGCCCGGGCACCCGCUCCGCCGGCUCAACCCGCACGACUGCGUCCCGUUCAUCGACGAGAUCUUCGCCGCCGGGGAGGAGGCCAAGCUGGACGCGCUCCCGUCGCCGCGGCUCAUGAACACGCACCUGCCCUGCACGCUGCUCCCGACCCCGGUCACCGCCGGCGGGUGCCGGGUCGUGUACGUCUGCCGGGACCCCAAGGACAUGGUCGUCUCGCUGUGGCACUUCCUCCGGCGCACCAAGCCCGACCUCUCGUUCGACGAGACGUUCGAGUCCGUCUGCGACGGCACGGUGGCGGCCGGCCCGGUCUGGGACCACGUCCUCUCCUACUGGCGCGCGAGCGUGGCGCGCCCGGACCGGGUGCUCUUCCUCAAGUACGAGGACCUGCUGCGGGACACCGGCGCGAACGUGCGGCGGCUCGCCGAGUUCAUGGGCCGGCCGUUCACCGCCGCGGAGGAGGCCGCCGGCGACGUCGCGGCCGUCGUGGAGCUGUGCAGCUUCGGCGAGAUGAAGGGGCUGGAGGUGAACAAGGCUGGCAGCGGCACCGCGGGGAGGUACCGCGCAAUGCCGCGCGACGCCUUCUUCCGGAAGGGGGUCGCCGGGGACUGGGCGAACCACAUGACGCCGGAGAUGGCGGCGCGGCUGGACGGGAUCGUCCGGGAGAAGCUGCAAGGGACAGGGCUGGCCUUCGCGUGAUAAUCAUUUUCAAGAUGCUGACCGUUUUGGAGCGAAUCUUUGCGAUUCUGCUGGCACUUUGUGUAUGAGAGGUUGCACCUGCACGAACAUGUUUUGGAACUUCCCGUGGCCACGUUACGGGAGAAGUUUGGCAUACUCCGUGUAAUCUUUUUUUUUUAUUUCGGUCGUGCAAUAAUGCGAGUGUGCCAGCAUAUGAGAAAUAAAGGAUGAUUUUGCAUUUGUCACAUCAAUUUUAUAAAAAUAUAUAAGAGAUUAUUAUUACA